CAACUUUCGUUCACGUAUUAACCGAGCUAGUUCUACUGCGCUUUUCGUCAGCAAUUCUUCCUGCUCCUUAUUUGGCGGCGCAGGUACCCUACGGGCCACUCCCAGAAACCAUCCAAGUACAAAUUCUAAAACUCGAUCCAAAAUUAUAUGUAGAAAUGGUACAAUAGUGGAAAAGGCCGCCAUUAUCCAGUUGAUGGCAGAUGACACGGCAAAUUUUCAAUAAUCGGUUGAUCGUUCAAAGACUCGCUCUGUACAAUUAAAAUAUGAUAAAAUAUUAGGUAAACGACCGGUUUCACUCUGCUCAAGAAAAAGAAAUGAUAAUAUGAGAUAAUGAUAAUUGGGAAAUUAGGACUUCAUUAGUGGACAGUGAUGUUAACAUACCUCUUACGUACCUUAUUAUUUUUACUUUGUAUGCCGUAAAGUCCAAGGGCCAAUACGCGAAUAAGUAGUUUGAAAAAUAUUGCAGAUUGCGGUUAAUUUCCAAUUAGUAAUUAGAGGUUUGAAUUAUUGGCUGAUAACUAGAAAUUGUCUUGUAUUUGAAACAUAGGAAAUUACAUAUAUACCUAAGUAGGGCAACACUGAAUUGGUGAAUUCGCCGCAAUUUCCCGUGGAACUGUCGCCGCAGUGUUGUUUCGUAUAUGUUGAUUGAUUUUGCUACUGUUUUGUUUCUUUUGGUCAACGCAUAAUAAAGUAAUCGCUAGGGGCUAGUGUUUUUAACUUAUUUGUAAUAAUUUAAAAAUAAAUGAGUAAAAUCCAAGCAAGUUGAGCGAAUUGUUGUGAAAUAAAUUUCAUUUACAGCAGCCAAAAUAAGUCAAAAUGAAGACGGGGUCAUCCCCAUCAUUUGCACACCCAGUAACGCCUGGGUUGGUGCCAUCCACUUUUCCAUCAACUGGUGCUACCAGUUAUAUGGAGGAUUUUGAAAAUAUCAUCGCCAGCGGCAAAGAACCGGUAAUGACCAAGGAGUACAAACCUCAAGUGGCCAAUGAGUUUGAGCGGUACUUGAAUCCACAAACAUUAAAACGACAUGUUUUUCGCAGCGAAAAAGUGCGAAAAAUUAUCGAGCAUUACGCGCAAGCGAAUAAUUGUCCAGCGAAGCAGAUCGAAAAGCAAGUGAAGGAGAUCAUCGAUGAAAUCGGCCUGGAGCGUAACUUGCCGAUUAUACGCUGGUGCGGUAUGGCCAUAACGGCGAUUUCAAAACGCAUCCUCUCGGGAAUUUACGUGAAUUCUAAAAGUAUUCGAACAGUUCGUGAACAGUUGGGUCGUAAUCCUGUAUGCUACUUGCCCAGCCAUCGUAGCUAUAUGGAUUUUGUGCUAAUGUCAUACAUUUGCUUCUAUUACGACAUUGAAAUACCUGGAAUAGCGGCCGGAAUGGACUUUCAUGCCAUGUUUGGCAUGGGCACAAUGCUGCGUAAAACCGGUGCAUUCUUUAUGCGUCGCUCCUUCUCAAAUGACGAACUUUACUGGGACAUCUUUCGCGAAUAUAUGUAUUCAUUGAUCGCCGUUUAUCACAUCGGUGUUGAGUUUUUUAUAGAAGGAACGCGCAGUCGCAACUUCAAGGCACUUGUGCCGAAGAUUGGAUUGCUCUCAAUGGCAUUGCUUCCCUACUUCACCGGGGAGGUGCCAGAUGUUACCAUUGUGCCAGUCAGUAUAUCCUAUGAACGCGUACUCGAGGAACAAUUGUUCGUCUACGAACUUUUGGGUGUGCCAAAGCCAAAAGAGACAACUAAGGGCUUCUUCAAGGCGCUGAAGAUUAUCGAUGAACGUUUUGGCAAAAUGUACUUGGAUUUCGGCGCACCGAUUUCUGUGCGUGAAUUCUUUGGACAUACGGGAGCAGAUCGUAUGCAACGUGCUGCCGUGGGUGCGCAUUUGCAAAAGUUAGACAAGCGCGAGUUAGAUUUGAUAAAGAAGCUGGCUAACGAGGUAAUUUAUCAACAGCAACGGCGCAUCGUUAUUAGUACGUUUAACCUGCUAAGUCUCUACUAUGCUAGUCAAUUAUACGCAGAACAUUCCGUUAACAUUGAUAAGUUGGCGUGCGGUAUUAGCGAGCUGAAGUAUUUGUUCGAGGAGUUGGGAGCUCAUGUUGCCACCGACUUGAAUCGUCUCCAAGAGGAAAUAGUCGAAACCGUUGAAAUACAUUCGAAUAUUGUACAUUUUCACAAUGAACGACUGCAAUUUACGCAGGUCGCCGCAGCGCAGCUGGCACAGGAGAUCGAUACCAAAAGACUGAAGGCACAUGCCAUACUGCCGCAGAUCAUGGCUGUUGCUGUGCCGGCUCUAACAUUACAGCUGUAUAUAAAUCCCUGCAUGUUUUGGCUUGCGCGCCCGUCAUAUCUUAUACUUGCUGCACUUCAAUUGCGGAAAGAGCAGCAAAGUCACACAGACAAGGCAAGCCAAGCGCUUACAAGCAGCUAUUCUACGGUUGUAGCAAGCUUGUCGGAACGUGUCGCUACACUUGAUGAUAUUUUCAAGCAUGAAUUUAUAAUUGAAUCCAACAGGGACAUGGAGGAAUUCGAGCGAAAUCUCAGCUUACUAUCGAAACAUGGCAUGCUGACAAUAGAAUCCAAUAACGGUCAAAUCUCCUUUAACGAAAACGAAACUACUAACGUUAUACUGUCCUCGUUAGCGCCUUUUCUAUGCGUAUACUACCAACUAGCAGUAACCGUUAAUGAGUUUCCCAUCCCUAGUUCGGCAUCACCUUCCAUCAGUGAAAUUUCCAAUGAAUUUAGCACAAAGGAUAUACUUAUACACAUGCAGCAGCGUAUAGAGAAACUUCUACAACAACAGCAUGCCAGGAAUGUACAUCCUUAUUGUCUGGCCCUGGAUAAUUUAAAUAUCGCAUUGUACUCAUUUCAACAAGCCGGGUAUCUGUUGAAGAAUAAGGAAAAUGGCAUGCUGCAGCAUUCUUCUGGUAAACCGUUAAGAUCAUUGGAAGCAGAACUAUUGUGCUACUGUCAGUUAUUGCCAUUUCAACAAUACUAUAGAGCAACGAGCGCACAAAUAAACUCCGUGCCUUCUAAGUUAUAACUAUUAAAACAACGUAGCAGAAGUACGCUGGUGGCACAGGCCAAGAAUUGUCAUGUAGCUUUUGUGUUUUUUAUGUUAGUUUUCAUUUUGCCAAUACUACGCUUAAUAAUCGACUUAUUCGUUUAGUUCAAUUAGAAUAUUUUCUUGAGCACAAAGUAGAAGUUAGUAUCCCUAUAUGCCUAAAUAAAUGUCCUUGAAAGUAAAUUGGUCAUAAUUGGGCGCAGAAAAUAUUCAGCCAGUAAAAGCUUGAUAUACAACGUAUGUAUAAGCAACGAUGGACCAAAGAAAUAUAAUAAUUUAAGGAGACACGGAAUCCAUAGGAAGGCUGGGUCCCAAAUCUGUGGCAUUGAAUUAAUUCUAAUUGAGGAAGUCAUCCGCGCUACAUGCAUUUUAGAGGCAUAGUUGGGAUAUUUUUUUGAACUACAACAUUUUGUCAAAACGAGUUUAUUAAAUACGUUAACUUAGCAGAAAAUUGUUAUUUGGCAUUCCUUAAGUAACUGAAAAGAAGUAAGCAAAUGGAUAGCGUCAACAAAAGUUUAGAAUUUUCAGAGCUGAAGAAAAAUCGUAAAAUACAUACAUAUUAAUUCGUACACUAAUGGAUAGAAACGCUUUGACAUUUCAAAAAGUCCAGUCGGCCAUAAAAACGCUCAAACAAGAAAUUUGCACAACUCUGUUUCCGAAUAAUCGUUAAACACAAAAAACUGAAUGCAUUUAUUCGCCAACAAAAUAUGUAUAUGUUUAUAUGCUUAUCAUUAAUCCUUUACAUCUUACAUUCCAUCGGCCUUAAUAAUAGAGUAUUUACAUACAUACAUAUGUAUGUACAUACCAGGGUUGUUGCGAAUAUUAUUCCGAAAUAAAAGUCCUUUCCGGAUAAUAAACAAGCCGCUUAUCCAAAUUAAACAAGUUUGGUAUCAAAUGAAAGAGGACUUUCAUAUCAUGAGAGGACUUUAAUAUGUCUUUUAAAUUAGGUUAUGAUUAUUAAAAAAUGUAUCACUCUAUUUUAAGAGAGCUCUUACCAUGCAAAAGUCACAGAAGACAGUUUUUACCUAUCUUGAUUCUGACGGCUGUUGCUAAGACUUUUGUACUGGCUUUAUAAUUAUGCAACGGAGUGUAUACAGCGUGGCGACGAAUAACUGUUACCCAGAGUCCUUUAUAGAAUUUACGAAAACAGUAUUUUAUUGUUAAUUUUCACAGAUUUAAACUUUAUUAACUAGUGCAGUGAAAACUUUGGGAGAUAAGUACAUGCA